AUGCAUACUUCAUCUUAUAAAUAUAGUUCAUCAUUACCAAAAUUAUAUCAAUAUCCAAAUUGGGAAUUACCAGCAAAUAAGAUCAUAUUGUCUCAUUCAUUAUUAGCAUUAUCUGGCUAUAAAGAACUCAUCGAACAAAAACGAUCAACAAUUUCACAUUUAGUUGGUUUAUCACGUGAAGAAGCUACAUAUGUUUUACUAGAUGAAACGUUGUAUCAAUCAUUAAUUAAUGAACAUUAUAAAUUAUGUGAAUAUAAUUCAUUAGAAAAUAUUACAAAAUGA